AUGGAGGGUUUGCCGACACUUGUCGUGCCUGAGGAUCCAGAGACUGGAGCUAUCGAGAGACCCAAGACUCCUCCAGCGAUUGAAAUUGACGAAAAGAGAUUAAUAAAUAGCACGACUUAUGUACCUGUUAAGUCUGAAGAAAUAUUAUAUGCACCAGAGGCAUCCAUUGCAUCCCCUGACGUUCAAAUGACUCCACCCCAUGAUGUGAUAGAAGAAGAAACAUUGGAAAUUGGAAAGUUAAUUGAAGAGAACCCACAACUUUUAUCAGCUCGACAUGAGCCUGACAUUUUUGAAUCAUCUGACGCAAUGUUAAAUCCUAUAAGAGAAAACGAACAUCCUGUUGAGAAUCCAGUAUCAAUUGUCAAUGUUGACGCAAAUGAAGAGCAAUCUGAAUUGACAAGAUCUCGAUCAGCUCGCGCUGCAUCGUUGAGUAGUAAAGAUUUCAAAGCAAUGUCGAAACGAGCUGCAGCAACAGCCAAGCUUGACCGACUUGCAGGCGGUAGUAAAUCCGUAUUUGAUGCCAAUAUGAAUGACAUUGCAGCAUUGGGUAUUGGUAUGGAACUCUACUUUUUACUCAUUAAAUAUUUAAGCUGGGCCUUUGUCACCAUGGGAAUUAUAUCUCUCCCAGCUAUUUUAGUCAAUUAUUUUGGCCAUGGUGUGACGACCAAGAUGGUAGAUCCACUCCAACUAGCAUAUGCAUCGCUUGGAAAUCAGGGAGUGAAUCCAGACAUUGCAUCUGAUCCCACACAGUGUCUUCCACUGGGUGAAAUUGACUGCACUGGAGCUACCGUUGAUACACCAUUUACAAAGAAUCCAGAGACCGUAGCGUGGAUCGUGACAUCAAGCGAUGCUAUCUACUCGUUAGUAUUUCUAAUUGUUUACCUUCUCUUUCGUCGACACGCGCGACGAGCGAUUGAUGCUCACCAGAAUGAACACCUCACACCGGCUAAAUACGCCAUUUUUGUGCGUGGUCUGCCACCGGAUGCGACAGCUCGCGAAGUUCUCGAACAUUUCAAUCGCUACGAUCCGACUCAAGACGAGACCUACUAUCCAUUAUGGCUCGGUUGUUGUUGGGGUCGACGUCCACGCCGUGUCAAGCACUCGCUAUCAAAAGGUGCCGUUAAUUGCAACGUUGUGCGCGAUCUUGAGCAUCUAUGGCGCCCUAGUGGUCCAAGACCUGGAACGGCAAGCCAGCAAGCAAGGCGAAAGUCUGUUGGACAAUCCAGAGUGAACUCGGUGAACUUGACAAAAGGUGAUAUUGCUAAUGCUUCUUACUAUGAGAUCAAGCAAGACGAAUUUGACAUGUACCUUGGCACAUGGAUUGCCGAGGUGAGUAUUGCUCACCCGACUGGUGGAUUAUUACGAACGUUUCUAGCAAUGGAAGUGCUUACUCGCAAAAUUGCGGAAGCACAAGCGCUUGUUGAUAUUCUCACUUUGGAAAAAGAGGAAGCUGAGGUGAUACUACAGCAAUGGGUCCCACCACCAGGUAAAAAGAAGCCAAGGAAACCAAAGUCGACAUUCAAAAAGGCCGAUGAGUUGUUGUUACAGGUUACCAUAACAAAACUGGCACGUCUUCAAGCUGCUAUGGCGAAGAAAACUAGCAAAUUAAAAGCAUUAAAACAUGCAAACAAGCAGCAGAAAAAUGAAGGCGUUGGUGCCAUAGAUGGCUCAGUCUCAAAUAAGUCGAAAGCAACUAAAAAGAAAGGAUCAGACGCUAAAGUGUUCGAUUGGAACGCUUGUGAGUGCGCUUUCGUCGUCUUUAAUAAUCUUGAAUCCCGUCGACGCUGUCUUCAAGAUUAUCGACGUUCAAAUCAGCGGUUACCACGCAAAUUUCAGCCAAAAGGAUUGCGUUUUCGCAACGGUGAAUACUCUCUUACAGUGCUACCUGCUCCUGAGCCGUCAAACAUAUUAUGGGAGAAUCUUGAAGUGACAGCAAAAUCUCGUCGUCUUCGACGCUCUUUUGCUAAUGCAGUGACGUUUUUACUAUUACUUUUUUCCGGUGUCAUCAUCUCUGCAGCCCAAUCGGCUCAGCAGACGUUUAAGGAUAAAGCACCUCCUCCAGGUCUUUGUCAAACCACUUUACCCGAGAUUUUUUACGCUAGUCCAGACUUUCUUGAUGUCAAAGGUGUGACGUGGGAACUCGAAUGGAAUCCCAAUGCUACGUGUUCUCUAGGUGAGCAUGGUGAAACGCGAUAUCAUGUAGCGUAUUCGAAUGGAAUUCUCAACAAUAUUAUUGUGCAAAAUCCUACAUCUUCGAUCAAUAAUUUAAAUCGCUGUAUAGAUCCGUGUAUUUCCGAAAAAUCGAGCACGAAAUGUAACACGCUGGAGUGUUUUAAUCGUGAAAUUCGUGAAGAAACGGGUAAGGAGUGUGGAACUUACUUAGCAAGUCACGUCCUUUAUUGUCUUUGCACAUCUCAAGUUCAAACGAGCAUUGCAGACUAUGGAGUGAUAGGUGGACCACAGGAACUAUGGAAGACUUUCAUUCCAUGUCGCGGGUUUUUAACCGAUUAUAUUGCCAAAAAUGCGUUCAUCAUUCUCGCAUCAGCUGUUGUUGUCAUUGUAAACAUCAUUUUGAAGUCUACACUACGGAGAUUCGCAUCAUUUGAACGACACACUAGUGAAUCAACUAAAGCUUCAGCUGUAGCACUAAAAAUGUUUGCUGCACAGUUUCUUAAUACUGCUAUCAUCGUGCUUGUAGUAAAUGCCGCACUUUCGGUAAGUGCUAUUCCCAUAAUUGGAGAUCUUUUUCGAGGCAAAUACAGUGAUUUUCAACGAGAUUGGUACCCAACAGUUGGAAUGGGAGUCACGAUGACGAUGUUGAUCAAUGCUGUUAUGCCACAAACUAUCUUGCUAUUGCAAUUAUGUCUCAUUAGUCCAUUAAAACGCUGUCUAGCACGUCGAAGCGUACGCACACAAGAGAGAAUGGACAAAUUGUAUGCAGGCCCUAAAUUUGACUUAGCAGUUCGGUAUCCAAUGAUACUUAAUUCAGUUUUUGUGACGUUAGUGUUUUGUGGAGGUUCUCCUGUGUUGCUCUUUAUCGCAACAUUUGCUUGUUGCGCAACAUACUGGAUCGAUAAGUUGUCGUUACUCUGGCUUUAUAGUGUUAAAACAGCGUACGAUGAAGCAUUAGGCGAGACUGUACUUGGUUUGCUACCAUGGGCAUUAGUGGCUCAUUUGGCCUUUUCAUGUUGGAUGUAUGGUAACACAGAUUUGCUACAAGCACCAACAAUGAAGCUUGGAUGGGUCUUUGCACUAUUUGGACUUAGUACAGAUGAAGGUCUUAGUACGGAUGACAUGUACAACAAAUUGGUGGCUCAAGCUGCAGCAUUUGAUCCAUUGGGAAAAUAUGGCUUUAUUGUCAAAGUUCUUCAUGUCAAUGUCAUGCUUAUGUUUCUUUUGUUUAUCUUGGUAUUGCUUGGAAUUCUUCUUUCUGCGGUAUGGGAAAGAGUAUUGCUUCCUGUGCUCCGCAACACUCUUGGUCGCAUUUUUCUGCCUAUUUGGCGCCGUUUACGAUGUCGCUGUUCGUGUUGUCGACGAAGGAACGAGGUCAAACCGAUGCCUUCCAUUAACACUUUACCUAUUAACGACGCGCAGAGGACAAAUGGUGGAAGAUCAGCAAAAGUAGCUAUUGACACGGAUCAUUCGACAAGUAGUGCUGUCAUGUCGAGAAAUAUCACAACAGAUUCAAUAGUCACCUCGAUCGGCUCCGAGCUUGUAGUGAAAAAGUCUUCAGCCUGGACAGCUUCUACACCGACAGAAACCGUUGUACCCAUAGCGUCUGAUUUAGAACCAAGUCAAGUGGUGCUGCCAGAAUUUACUGAUAUCUUUCGCAAGUCUGUGGAUGCAAAGUUUCGACCGGAUGCAAAACUAGGAUUUAAACGCGAUCCCGAUCGUCCAGCUGAGCUCGUUCGAUAUUGGCAGGAAGACACUGUAAGCAAUGGAUACCAUCGCAAUUCGGGUGAUUUGAUGCGAACGUGGGAAGCUAUUCAAGCGCCAGUCAAAGCUUAUGCGAUAGAGGCGAAUGCAAAGUAUAGGCUUGCAGUUGCCGAGCUUAUAACAGCUUCAAGACGAGCUCUUACAGCUCCAGAAAUCGAUGUUAUAUCACCCACAUCUCCUGCGGUUAAUGGAGACGCAGUUGGAAAAAAUUCUCAUGAAUGA